AUGGAGUCGUCUUCGAGGGUCGUUCGUGACGGCGAGCAAAUAGAGAUGAUUCUUCAGGAAUUACAGAGUUUUGACAUACCUUUCAGCGGAGAAGAAAACUGUGGAAGGUAUUUAGAUCUUCAUCAAUUUUAUUUUACUUUCGUCAAUUCUAAAUUUGGUUACCCUCUUUGCUAUGUCGAUUACCUCGCCAUAUUCCCUGGAAUUGGAUCUUCAAAAUACAAGCGCAGAACAGACUAUAAACAAUAUAUCACAGAAAUAUUUGAGUACUUGGUGUCCUUUCUUGAUCGAACGCAACCCUUGUUGUUUUUGGAUCGAUUGUUCAAAGAUUUGGAAUCUGAUUUCAUUGUAGGACAGAAGCGGCGGAGGAGUAUGACAAUGACAAUGACAAUGACAAGUAGCGAUGUGAUGGAGCAAAUUGAUGGAUUCAACACAGCGGAGAGUCUUAUGGAAUUGGGAUCUGCAAAGCUAAAGGAGUUAUUGGACAUCUUAGGACUUAAAUCUGGUGGUACCGUCCAACAGAAGGUAGAGAGGCUUCUCCUUGUUAAGAAGAAGAAUACACCUCUCCACAAACUGCAACGAAAAACUGAAGAUGAUGAUUACAGAGCAACAACACUGAUUGAAGCCAAAGUAAUGAAGCUUUGUGAGAUCUUGAGUGAGAAGCUUGUGCGGACUCGACAACAUGCAAUCUUCAAGCAAGCGCUGGCUGUUGUAGAACUGUUUCGUGAGCGCGACACCAACCCAGAAAGCGGCAGUGAAGAUGGCGAUGAGAAUGAGAUAGACAGGAACUACAACAAGUUACCGUUGGGUUUGGAUAGAAACUACAUGUAUCCAAAUCAAAUAACAAAAUGA